UUGCGGCUGACUGCAGUUUGUGCGCCGCCGCUGCGCACAUACGCACUCCCUGGAUAGGUGGUUGCCAUGGAUUCCUGGGUCACAUGCGUGGGUUUCCUAUAGCCAGAAGCAGCAGAAGAUGCUCGGAUCAAAAACCCAGAGCCAUUUUCAUUCAGGAAAAAAAGGCUCGAUGCGCGGCUAACCGGUGCGUCGGAUCAAACCUCCACAUCUGUGCGCGCGUCUGGUUAUUAUUCUUUUUAAUUUCCUUUCGACUCCGCAGCAAACCGGUUUGUUCCACAUUCAUAGACUGAUCACAGGAAUGAGUAUAGAAAUUCCUGAAGGACUGACGGAGCUGUUACAGAGCUUUACCGUGGAAGUGUUAAGGAACCAGCCCAGGGAUUUGCUCGAGUUUGCGUUGCAGUACUUCACCCAGCUGAAGGACAGCGAGACCAAAGAGGCCUCCUUUGGCCAUGACCAGAACUCGGCCCCGAGACCUGGGAAAGCGGUCAAUUUCAUUGACGAAGCCAUGCAGAUCGACUCGGAGAACGGAGAGGAGGAGGACGACGAUGACGAGGAAUUCAUAGCACCAGUGAUAAACAGAUUUAUCAGAAGAGCAUCAGUGUGUGCUGAAGCGUUCAAUCCUGAUGAAGAUGAGGAGGAUAAAGAGCCAAGGGUUACCUACCCAAAAACCGACGAGCAGAGACAGAGACUACAGGAAGCGUGCAGGGACAUUCUUCUUUUCAAGAAUUUGGACCCGGAGGAGAUGUCGCAGGUGCUGGAUGCCAUGUUUGAGAAGUUUUUCACAGAGGGAGAACACAUCAUUGACCAAGACGAUGAUGGAGACAACUUUUACGUUAUCGAAAGUGGGACGUUUAACAUUUUUGUGAAGGUGGACGGCGCGGAGAAACUGGUCGGCUGCUAUGACAACAGAGGCAGCUUUGGAGAGCUGGCGCUGAUGUACAACACCCCCAGGGCAGCCACCAUAAUCGCCACCUCGCCUGGAGCCCUUUGGUGCCUAGAUCGUCUGACAUUCAGAAGGAUCAUUGUGAAGAAUAACGCCAAGAAAAGAAAGAUGUAUGAGGCGUUCAUCGAAACACUACCGCUGCUCACAUCUUUAGAGCUGUCGGAGAGAAUGAAAGUGGUAGACGUGCUAUCCACCAAGGUGUACAGCGACUCACAGCAGAUUAUUGCUCAGGGGGAUUUAGCAGAUAGCUUCUACAUUGUCGAGUCCGGCCAAGUUAGAAUCACCAUGAAGAGAAGCCGGACAAAAAAAGACCAGGAGGAAGAGGAGGUGGAAAUCGCCACGUGCACCCGAGGCCAGUAUUUCGGGGAGUUGGCUCUCGUCACAAACAAGCCCAGAGCUGCAUCUGCCUACGCUGUGGGGAGUGUCAAAUGCUUGGUCAUGGACGUGAAGGCCUUCGAGAGGUUGCUCGGACCCUGUAUGGACAUCAUGAAGAGAAACAUUGCUAACUACGAGGAGCAGCUGGUGACCCUGUUUGGAAGUAGCCCUGAGAUUGAGCAGCAUACUGCAUGAGGUGACACCAAUGGACCAUGAAUGAGUGAUGGGAGGGGGGGGGGGGGGGGGGGGGGAAACGUGGCUUGCGUGGAUGUUUUUGUCCAAAUCCACUUUAAACAGCUUUUCUUACAAAAAAAAAAGAAGUGAAUAUUCAAUGCUCCACAUUUGAGUGUCAGAUCAGUAAAACAGAUGCCAGAUUCCCAUGUGAGGCCAGAUUCAUGUAAGCAGAGUUUGCUACAGAGCAUUAGGACUGAAGUGAAGCCAAAGCAGCAUUGCUUAAAGCUUGGUAUAUGUCACGACUCUCACCUUAAAAAAAAAAAA